AUGAGAAAGACUCGAUAUUCGUACGCGCAAAGAGUUGAAUUGAAUAAGUGGUUCGCCCGCUCUCACGAUGUGCUGGACGCCUCGCAUGAAAGCUCCUACGAACACGAUGAAGAUCACCACACCACCGGCAGCACUGGAUCCAAGACAGGCCUCAUCGUCGGUAUAGUCGUGGGUCUAUCCUUGGGAGUCUUGAUACUCGUCUUGCUCUACAUACGAAGACGGUCCAUUCCAUAUGUACGGAAUUGGCGCUUCCCAUGGCUCUCUCAACCAGACGACAAAGAUAUUCUGACACGCAGAAAUACCCGGAAUGCAAACCAAAAGUUCCUAUGGAAGCAUGACGAUUUGGAGAGUCGGAGUUCGACGAGUAUGGAAUAUCAAACUGUCCUGACAAGGCCUAUUGCGUCCCCUAGAGUCACCGAAAAUCCAUGGCCUAGGUUAAAACGUCUCAGUAGAAGAAGGUCACGAGGAGUACAAGAGAUUAUUGGUACAUCGAAGAGACCUUUCGCAACGCAACCGGAACAAUCGCCGUCGUCUGUACCUUCAUUUCCACUAAAGACCGAGACUUCCCAGUCGAUCAUCACUAACGAUAAUGAGAUAUCAACCGAUUAUACAAAUAACCAGACUGAAUUACCACGAAAAAAGCAAUUUCCAGAAUCGUCGUGGCUCAUACUCAGUCCAAGCAAAUCGGAUGACCAAACCAAUAUCGAGACAAUCAGUAGACCUGAAACAGCCAGGACGUCAAGGGUUACCAUUCCAUCUUACUACUACCAAUAUUACCGCAAAUACUUUGAUAGAGACAACUACCGGGUACAGUCACAACAGUAUCCCGAAUCACGGUUCUCGACGAGCCGAGAUAGUGACAUGAUCAGCUUUGGACGUCCUUCAAUGGUGUUAUCAAGUUAUCAAAAAAGGGGCACAUUCUCGACUAUUCGUCCUGCUUCUUCGGUAACUAGCAAAACACUUUCGCAGAAUUAUAAGGAUCCUUUGACACCGAUGAGCGCGGAUCCAAAUUUUGCAUAUUUCGAGUUCGAUGUUCACGUACUACAAAAACCGAAACAAGUUGUUGUUCCAGCUCGAAGGAAUAAAAGUAUGGAUACAAAUGAUGAGUCGAUUAUUCAAAGGGAUAAGAAGAAUGGGCAUGCACCUGCCGCAUCAAUUGCGACUGUUUCGACAGCACCUAUCUUCAGACAACAUCCUGGUGAUGAAGUGGAUCUGGAAUCCGCGGCGAGAGUAGGGCGUGUACGAAGCUCAUUGUUGAACGGUUUGAUAGUGCAUAGAAAUUAG